GCUCUGGGACGCAGCGCCGCCUGGCAUCCUGGGAACUGUAGUCUAAGGAGUUAGGAGCCUAAAAUUAAGAUGGCCCUUAUCGCGACCCGUAGCCCGGGGCGGGGCCCCAGAGCACGCAGGGGCUUGUAGUCGGCCUGGGGCUGCGCGCCGCGGCUGCCGACCCAGGGGGCGCUAUAGUCGCGGUGACCCCGGCGGGCGGAGCCUAGAACGGAGGGUGAUGGCUACCGUGGCUGUGGCUGUUCGCGAGGACUCGGGAUCUGGGAUGAAGGCGGAGCUUGCUCCUCGGUCUGGGGCAGGGGGGAGGGAGAUGACCCAAGAAGAAAAGCUGCAGCUUCGGAAGGAAAAGAAACAGCAGAAGAAGAAACGGAAGGAGGAAAAGGGGGCAGAAGCAGAAACUGGCUCCGCUGUAUCUGCAGCCCAGUGUCAAGGAGGCCCAGCCAAACACCUGACAGGACCGGACAGUCAGUUGGGCACUACCAAGGAGAAAGUUCCAGCAGGUAGGAGUAAAGCUGAACUUCGAGCUGAACGGCGGGCCAAGCAGGAGGCUGAGCGGGCCCUGAAGCAGGCGAGAAAAGGGGACCAAGGAGGGCCACCUCCUCAAGCCUGCCCCAGCACAGCUGGAGAAACCCCCUCAGGAGUGAAGCGUCUACCUGAGCAUAGUCAGGUUGAUGACCCCACACUUCUGAGAAGGCUUGUGAAAAAACCAGAGCGACAGCAGGUUCCUACACGAAAGGAUUAUGGAUCCAAAGUCAGUCUCUUCUCCCACCUACCCCAGUAUAGCAGACAAAACUCUUUGACCCAGUUUAUGAGCAUCCCAUCCUCUGUGAUCCACCCAGCCAUGGUGCGGCUCGGCCUGCAGUACUCCCAGGGCCUGGUCAGCGGCUCCAAUGCCCGGUGCAUCGCCCUGCUUCGUGCCUUGCAGCAGGUGAUUCAGGACUACACAACACCUCCCAAUGAAGAAUUGUCAAGGGACCUGGUGAAUAAACUAAAGCCCUACUUCAGCUUCCUGACUCAGUGCCGUCCCCUGUCAGCAAGCAUGUACAACGCCAUCAAGUUCCUUAACAAGGAGAUCACGGUUGUGAGCAGCUCCAAGCGGGAAGAGGAGGCCAAGUCAGAACUACAAGCAGCUAUUGACAGAUAUAUAAAAGAGAAGAUUGUGCUUGCAGCUCAGGCAAUCUCACGCUUUGCUUAUAAGAAGAUCAGUAAUGGAGAUGUGAUCCUGGUAUACGGAUGCUCAUCUCUGGUAUCACAAAUUCUUCAGGAGGCUUGGGCUAAGGGCCGGCAAUUUCGCGUGGUAGUGGUGGACAGCCGGCCACGGCUGGAGGGAAAGCACACGCUACGUUCUCUGGUCCGUGCUGGGGUCCCUGCCUCCUACCUGCUGAUUCCUGCAGCUUCCUAUGUGCUCCCAGAGGUUUCUAAGGUGCUACUGGGAGCUCAUGCUCUCCUGGCGAAUGGAUCUGUGAUGUCCCGGGUAGGGACGGCACAGCUGGCCCUGGUGGCACGGGCCCAUAAUGUACCCGUGCUGGUCUGCUGUGAAACAUACAAGUUCUGUGAGCGUGUGCAGACUGAUGCCUUUGUUUCUAAUGAGCUAGAUGACCCUGAUGAUCUGCUGUGUGAGCGAGGAGAACAUGUGGCCCUGGCUAACUGGCAGAACCACUCGUCCCUACGGUUGUUGAAUCUGGUCUAUGAUGUGACCCCCCCAGAACUGGUGGACCUGGUGAUCACAGAGCUGGGGAUGAUCCCUUGCAGUUCUGUACCUGUUGUCCUACGAGUCAAGAGUAGUGACCAGUGAGUGGCGGAACACAGGGCCAAUAAAUGACAUACUCCCUACA